AUGCCCGAGCCUAUAGUAUGUAAACCACGUAUAGUGGAAUCACACGCUAUGUCAUUUGCAGUCAAUUUUAGCAUCAAAUAUCAUUUUUUUACAAAUUUUACCGCUUUAAAGACACAUUUACCGCGAAAUUUUGAGAAAUGCAGAGUACAUCCUAACCAUUUAAAAAAUUGUUGGUCAAGGCAAUUCACUAAUGCUGUGCAUGAUGAAUUAGAGAUCAAGAAUCCCACCAAAAAAAGAUUUGACUGGCUAGAUGACAGUUUGAGAGAUGAAUUAUUGCGUAAAAGACGCUAUUCCUGCAGAUUAUCACACCAAAAUCUGCUCCUACACAUCUACAACAAUUUACCAACCGAUUUAAUCAUUAAUUUGGCCAAUAAAAUAAUCGCUCCCUACCAAGCUUUGUGCAAACCUGUAUCUAAGACUAGAAAAGCUAUUUAUUUGCACAGAUUCACCACCAUCUUAUGCGAAUCACUGAAACACAAGUCUAACAUCGAUGAAACUGAUAAAAGUAGAGUAUAUAACAUUAUAUAUAUCUCAAAAAUGUACCUAAAUUGUAUGGAUAUUUUAACGUCCAGGGAUAUGUUAAACAUGCUUACAACAAGAUCCAUCCUUAAACACGGGUUUAAUAAUCAAAAAUAUUCAAAUUUUGAACACUUUAUAGCAAAUUUUAAUAAGAAACCACAGGAUAGUGAAACACAGCAGCUUACCACUUUUCACAAAAAAGAUUUGGUGAUUAAGAAGACAACAUCAUCUGAACCUAUUAAACCAAAGAUUUACGAGUGUUUAGUUAAGUGGUUUGAUAAAUUUGAAGAUAUAAAUGUGGAUAACAUGGCAUUUGUACUCAAUUUACCAUAUGUUAGAGAACCACAAUUGUCCACUACUUUGCACAAAACUAUAUCGCAUUUUGGUGAAAUACACUCACUAAAAAUAUUCAAUGACAGGAUUUCACCAUUUGAUGACAAGGUGGACUUAAAUCAUAAGGGUAAAUUGCCACCAGGGAAGGAUUAUUCUCAACUUUAUGCUCUAGUACAGUUUGUAAAUAACGAGAACAAACUGAGAUUUUGCGACACCGCAGUCAGAUGUUUCGGUACAAUUUACAACGGCAGACUUAUAUAUUCAGAAUUUGCAGAAAGGAAAACUACACUAACGCUAGUGAUUUAUCCGCCAUUCCACACGCUGAGGGAUGCAUUUGAGGAGAUAGCAAAUGGCCUAACCCACUCAGCAAUCAGUUCAACACGUACCAGAAAGACCAAAUCUAGCGGUGUAAAUGACAUUGAUCAUUGCACAAUAUUGUGUUAUGAGGAGGAUAUAAUUGUCAAAUCUAGUAAAAAAUACAUCAGAAAAGAACGCAUUAAUGGUUGCAUUUCAGAACUACAACCGCAAUGUAUAUUGCUAAAAUUUCCAUCCUUCCAACUAGCAUACAUUGCUAAAUCCAGAUUGGAGAGGUACCUAUCGCUACAAUGGCCUAGUUUCAUCUCCUUCGAUACAUAUAGGUGUACGCUACACAAUGGCCGGUGGGUUGAUGGACCAAGAAUAAUUCAUUCGAAUGUAAAAACAACUCAGAAUUUUUAG